ACUUGGUUUUCGAAGCCAUUUGGGAGAUAAAAUGACGAAAGGAAUUAAUUUCGCUUUACAGGAAGACAGGUUUGGGCUCUGGCUGAGGUGACCCUGUGUGACGAGAUUUCCCACAAAAUUUACUCGUUGAGAUGGAGCCGUCUUUGCUGAGCAUGGAGAAACUGGACCGUUCCAGCCCAGAUCUUUGGCCAGAGCAAAGAGUGUAUGACUUUGCACCUCUGGUGUCACCCCAGCUGAGCCCAAACCCAGAGAAUCUCGACCUUGAAGAGCAGGACUACAAUCUGUUGUACCAGUUCCGGUUACUGACGGCUCUAGAAAUCAUUGAAGAAGUGAAGAAGCUCCAAAAUGUGGCUUACCAGCUUGGCUUAGAGGAGGCAAAGGAAAUGACACGUGGAAAAUACCUUCACAUUCUCAGCAGGAAAUAGAAAUGACGUGGAAGCGAGAGGAACCAGGAGGUCUUGGGAUAUCAGCAAAUUGUUGAUGAAAUGAGUGAAAAACAAGAAGGUAAUGAUUGAGUACAAGAAGGACACAAGAUAAAAGCUUUCCUUUUUACAAUGGUUUGUGAUAUGUUGAAUCGCCUCAUCCCUUUGCAAUCCAUUAAUUCCUGUAUCAGGAAUAAAAGGGUAGGGUGAUGAUACUAAACUUUCUAUAGCUUUGCAUAUUUUCUGUAGCCUUCCUUCCAGUGAUAGUUGGUUACUAAUAGAGUGUAGUAGUUUUCAUGUGGAUUUCUCUUAUGCAUUUUGAUGUCAUAUCUAGUAAAUUGUUUUGGGUGGAGAAAAUCGCACCCUUUACAGAUUUUAUUAUUGACUUUGUAAAUUAGGUCAAAAUAUUGUAGAUUAGGACAGAGUAAAUUUGAUUUACUGAUAGAUUUGAUUUUUUAAAACUAAUAUAUUCAUUUAAAUCUAUGCUCUAUUAAAAAGUAAUAACAAGAGAGAAUAGAGAAAAGUCAUUAUUAAAGAAAUUUAUAGUUACAAUUGUUAAAGCAGUCAGUCAUGAAAUAUAAUCACAUUUCAUCAUAGAAGAUCAGUUUAAUAAUAAGUUUGCAGUGUGGCUUGGUAGUUCCUGGUUUCAUCUCUGUCUAUGGAGAAAGUCACUCUAAAUAUUUUGAUGCAAUCUACAGAUUUUUUUCUGUAAGGUAUUCAUAAAUUGGUAUUUAUGUUUUAGAUAUGUGUAGAACCUAUAUGGAAAGUGUAGUACAUUUUACAUUAUCUGUUACAAGUAAAUCACAGUUUGGUAAAACACUGAGAGAGAUUGUUUUGAAUCUGUAUUUGUGAGACUUGUCUUACAAAAGUAUGUUUUAUAAAGUGUUCAAACGUAAUUGGACAUUGGACAGAUAUUCAUAUUGUUUAUAUUAAUAUAUUUUUUUCUUCUUUAUCUUUCCUUUUAGUCUUUGUACUUAUUGUAAUAAAUUAUCUCUUUCAUUCUCUUUUCCUAUUGGUAGUACUAUAGAGUAAAAAUCUCUUCAUUAUCAUUUAAAUUGUAUGUUCAUUUGCCACAUGCCAGAUAGUCAUAUAAGUGUGAACACUUGCAUUAACUCAUGUCCUUCCCAGUCUAAGAAGUAACAGGUACCAAUAAAAGUCACUUUUAUUAAAGCUGUUUACUAUCCAUACAAUGUGCAGUUGUAAGGAUGAAAAUGUAUAUCACAUUUCUACAUAUUUUUAAAUGAUACAUAGUAUUUACACAGAGAUGACAAGAGUAGUACUGAUCUUAGAGAUUUUGUCAACAGCAGGUGUAAAUAUUAGUUUGCUGGCUCAUGAGGCAUAGGUAUUUACAUGGUACAAAUUAUGAAGACAAGCAAAGAUACUAUAGAAAUAAAUAUAUAAGUUUA